CCGAAUUUCAAAUUUCUCUCAAAAUUUGAAACGAUUGAAGUUGGAGAGAUGUGGAAAGAUGACAUAUGUGUUUCCAUUUUCUAUAGCCAAAAGCCUCAGAAAACUUCAAUGCCUAGAAAUAAUAGAUUGUGAGGUUUUAAAGAAGAUUGUUGAAGAAGAAGAAGGAGCAGAAACUAUUGUUAAUUCUAUCUUUCCACAGGUAACCGAAUUGGUGCUCAAAAAACUUCCAAAACUUACAAUUUUCUAUCCAAGAAUACAUGCUUUAGAGUUCCCAAUGUUAAAAAGGUUGGUGAUAGAAUAUUGUGAAAAUUUGACUUCGAGAUAUUUAGGCUUGCAAGAUGAUAACAAGAAGGGUGCACUUCCAAUAUCAGAGUCAAAAUUCCUUUGCUUAGAGAAUAAGAUCAACCACAAUUUGGAGGAAUUUAGAUUGCAUGAUGGUGUGAGAAACAUUAGAUGGCAGAGUCAAUAUAAAGUUCUUACUAUCACGUUGGAUAGAGCAAAUAUUCCACUUGGACUCCUUCAAAGAUUUCAAAGUGUGAAAAGGCUUAGACUAUUUGAGUGUGAAUACAAAGAAAUUAAGAGUGUAUCUAAUCUUCCAAAUCUUGAAGAUCUAUGUGUAAAGGAUUGUAGGAAAUUGAUGAGUCUAAUGCCAUCUUCAGCUUCUUUCCAGAAUCUCAAAGUCCUAGACAUCUGGGGUGUGAAUGGGUUAGUUGCCUUAACAACACCUUCAAUGGCUAGAAGCUUGGUGUAGUUAAGAGAAUUGAAAUUAUCAUGUUGUGGAAUGUUGAUUGAAAUAGUAGAGAAUGAGGGAGAUGCAAAAAGUAGCGAAAUUGUUUUUGACAAUUUGAA